AUGCCGUGCGGUACAUGUAAAUCUAAUGUUUCGCCGACUAAGAAAAUAAUCUGCUCUAGUUGCAAUAAAUACUUCCAUAAACAUUGUUCAUCAAACUUUAUUGAAGAUAAUAUUGACCUACAUAAAUGGAUUUGUAGUACUUGUGAACAAAAUCUAAUCAUAAAGAAAAAUGUUACUACUAGGAAAGUUGACUCUAGCAAAUCUAUUAAUAAUACUCUUCCCGAAGAUUCUAAUCUAAAGUUAAUUCGUGAAGAUAUUUCAACUUUGAUGAAGAAAUUCGAAAGUGUUUCAAAAAGUAAUACUGAAAUAGAAAAAUCUAUUCAUUUUUGCUCUGAAAAAUUAGACGAUUAUGCGGAAAAAAUGGAUCUGUUAUUUUCUAAAACUAAAUUACUUGAAGAUAAGGUCAAUGAAUUAGAUUUAAAAUUUGCUUAUUUACAAAAAGAAAUAAAUGUACUUAAAAUUAACAAGAGUAAAUCGGAGCAAGAAUUAUUAGCCAACAAUAUAACAAUUAGUGGUAUUCCUUAUACUAAAAAUGAAAACAUCGAUGAAAUUAUUAAAGUCACUGCUGAUAUAAUCAAAGUCAAUUUACAUAAGAAUGAUAUAGUCUCAAAUUAUCGUAUAAAAAAAGUUGAUAAAUCUGGUGGUAAAAUAAUAGUAAAAUUUAAUAGCAAAACAAUAAAAGAAUCAUUUCUAAAUGGAGUUAAAUCACUUACUAUUUCUAAACAACCUUUAAAAUCUAAUCAAAUACACAACUCUUUUCCUGACAAAAUUGUCUAUGUCAAUCAUGAACUUUCACCCAUGUUUAGAAAAAUAUUUUGGUUAACAAAGCAACUGUCGAAAGAAUACAAUUGGAAAUAUGUUUGGGCAAAUUCGAACGGAGUGUAUUUAAGGAAGACUGAUGGAGAUGUUCCGAUUAAAAUACAAUCUAUUAAAGACAUAUCUGGAUAUGAUGUGGAAAACAAGUUGGCUCAUUUGAAACUUCACGACUUAGAAUCCUCAGGAUAA